CUGCCGAUGGACAUUAUUUUGUUCCACGUGAUACAUAUGUAGUGGUAAGUACUUAGAUGGAAGUAUGUAGACAUGUUUAGAGUUGUGACUGGGAUUAUCACAAGGCACGCUUGAUGUACUCAUAGCUUCGAUGUGUUUCCUCAGGGCGGCGUGAUGUUUUCCUACGUUUUCUCGUCAGCACCCUCGUUCUGGUGGCCCUCGCGGUUUGCUGGAUCGGGGGUAGUCCAGACAACAAUGACACUCUGUCCUGAAAAUAUGAGCCAGCCAACGGCACUGUUAAGCACAUUACCGCAAUCUUCGACCUCCCACCAAUCAUCGUUGGAAGGCGAGAAGCACGGUUCUCCAGAAAUCCGUGAGAUUAUAUCGAGUAAUGACCUCUAUCAUAUUCUUGGUGUUCCUCGCUCUCAGAGCGUGGACAGCCGUGCCCUCCGACAGGCUUAUCUCUCGCGAAGUAGGGCCUGUCAUCCAGAUAAAUUCCCUGGUGACCCGGAUGCAACAUACGCCUUCCAAAAGGUCGCUGUCGCCUAUGACGUCCUUUCCAAACCAUCAUCUAAGCGAAAAUAUGACUCCCAACCCCCGCACGUUCAAGUAGACGUGUUCGCCUUUCACUCUGCAGAUUACGCAGGCAACACUCUGAAGGACGUCCUCAGGAGUGUCUUAUGCGACUUUCUGGACGGCAACCUCGAGAUGGUACAUAUGUUACUUCGAGCGCUCGGUGACCUGAGCCCUUCCCUCGAGUUAAGCGAUGAGAGCAUCGACUCCGUACUUUCCGUUCUUCGCGGAGUCCGCGAGAGCAUGUUAACUUGCCGCACAUGCGUUGUCGCCCUUCACGCAGAAUGCAUCCGUGUCCUCGAACUUCAAUCCGCUCUCCGCCAACUGCCAUACUUAGACAUAACCAGUCGCUCCCGUCUCACCAUCCAACUCACCCGCCUCACCCUUACGUUACCGAUCACAUUGGAAAAAGCUAUCGAGGAGCAGCGAAGUAACGCGAGCCUCCACCGGCAACCAACAAAUCACGACCGAGACAACCGAAGAGUGGUAUUGCUCCCAAGAAGAGUCUCACUCCUCAUCAGGGGUAUCGAUCUUGUUCUUGCCCGUCUGGAGCAGGUACUAGCAUAAAAUUAUGAGAUCAUCUUUUGCUCUUACUUUCGCUUCCGCAUUGGAUGUGACAUAGCCGGAUCCCUACCCCUAGCCUCACCUUUGUAAAUUACUGUAAUGACCCUUCAAGUGGGCGUUGUGUUUCACAUCACCGAGACAAUUGGCUUGUUCACAAUUUUGUACAAUGACACGACUACUGACGAAACCUAGAGAAAUUUCGGAAGCGAGGAGAAGACGAAAUGACA